AUGGCGAGAGACGGGGACGAGGGGCUCGGGCGCGCGAGGGCGCGCGCGGUGGAUUACGAUAGGGUGCUGCGCGAGAGGAAGGGGUCGACGACGACGACGACGACGACGACGACGAGGGAGGACGCGGCGGAGGCGACGCGGCGGUACGCGGUGGUGCUCGACGCGGGGAGCACGGGGAGUCGCGCGCACGUGUUCGCGUUCGAGCGCGCGGGGCGAGGGUUGAAGCUGUUGGACGAUCACUUCGAGGCGGUGAAGCCGGGGCUGAGCGCGCGCGCGAGCGAUCCGAAGGCGGCGGCGGAGAGCUUGCGAACGUUGAUGACGACGGCGAUGAACGCCGUGCCGGCGGCGGAUCGCGCGGAGACGAGCGUGGAGUUGCGCGCGACCGCGGGCUUGCGUUUGCUUCCGGGGGACGCGUCGAGCGAUAUUCUCGCGGAGUGUAAAAAGUUGCUCAAGGAGUAUCCGUUCAAGUUUGACGACGAGAGCGUCUCCAUCAUGGACGGCGCGGACGAGGGCGCGUAUCAGUGGUUGACGAUGAAUUACUUGCUCGGCAAUCUCGCGAACGGAGGUGCCGAUCACGACGGCGACGUGCAGACGGUGGCGGCCGUGGAUUUAGGCGGUGGAUCGGUGCAAUUGGCGUACCAAGUGCCUCCGGAGAGCGUCGCGAACGCGCCGGAUGGGUACAUUACAAAACUGAAAGCUCUCGGGCACUCGUUCGACGUGUACACGCGUUCGCACCUCGGGCACGGUUUGAUGGCCGCGCGCGCGGCGGUUUUGGCGCAAGCGGAAGAGCGAGGUGGAUCACCGUGCGUGCACGCGGGAUACGACGGCGUGUACGAAUACGCCGGGAAAACGUACAAAGCGUCGGCGCGCGAUUCUGGGAGCGAUCACGCGUCGUGUUACGACGUCGCCGUGGCCGCGCUCGGCGUGGACAAAGAGUGCGAACGACCGAAGCAGUGCUCCUUUGACGGUGCGUGGGGCGGCGAACCGGGGGCGGGAAGCAAGCGCGUGUACAUGUCGAGUUAUUUGUGGGAUCGCGCGGUGAACGUCGGCAUCGUCACCGACGACGAAAUCGAUGGACGCGCCGCCGUGAACGACUUUAAGGCGGCCGCGGAGAAGGCGUGCGGUGUCAGCGUAGCGGAAGUCACGACCAAGUAUCACGGCGUCGAGCCGAAGGACGCCCCGUUUCUUUGCAUGGACCUCACGUUUGCCUACGCCUUGCUCAACGUCGGCUUCGGCAGACACGGAUGGCGGGAUUUCACGCUCGUCAAGCAGAUCGAAUACCAAGGCAAGCCCGUGGAGGCGGCGUGGCCUUUAGGCGCGGCGCUGAACUCGAUGUGA